AACGAGAAUGUGCAUGGAAGCUACAUGCCCCGUUUUUUUCAAAUAAUUAAUUAAUUGUUAAUGAAUUAAUUUAUUGUAUCGAUGAUGGUUAUUCACUCUUUGAACUUAAUCAGAUAUUUUUUUCGCAGGGCUCUAUAAUAUUUCUUAUUGUUACGGUUAAUUAUAUAUAAUUGGACCAACCUAAAUCACCGGUGAUGGAAUUUAAAAUUUAACAAAAUAAUAAAUAAAUAGUUGUUCAUUCGAUUAUAUAUAAUUAACCGUAACAAAAAUCAGGCCAUUGACGCAACCAGGCUUGUCAAAGUACAAAGCUGGAUAUCACGAUUGUUCGCGAGAGGUGAGCCGUUACCUAGACGCACCAGACAUAAUAACUGGCAACACCUCCCCAAUGGAUCCAGCUAUGAAACAACGCUUACUGCGUCACUUAGAUAGCUGCGUAUCAGAGUUAGAUUUGGACUUGGGUUCUCGACCAGACAGCGGAAUAGGGAGUAGUCCAGGAAGCGUCACGGAUCGCGUAUCGGGUGUGACAAGCCCAAAUCCCAUGGACCACCAUACGCCAGUAACGCCACAUUCGAGCGCAUCAUUAAACUCGUCAGCGAUUAAGUCUGAAAUUUCAGAACUUGAGACAACGAGACCAGAUAGUAGCACGACAACAGGAGACGAAAACAACAAUAGUAGCAGACCACCAUCAGCAUUCAGUCAAGUAAAUCCACCGACACUGGAUAGCCAUUUCUCGGGAGGAGUUGUUAUGGAUCAGCAGUCGACAUCAUCAUCGAAUCCCAAUAUGCUAUCGGUAGUGCAAGUCAUACCCUCGAGAUUACCAGACGGCCAGGUAGUUUUUCUACUACCUAGCCACUACGUCCAGCUUGCAGCAGCUGCCGCAGCAAAUGGCAUCAGCAUUGGCCCUAACCCACCAACGGCAAUCUGGGCGGCUACCAACAUGUCUCUACUGAGAGCAACUGACAAACUUUUGAAAAGGUCACACGUGAACGUAUCUCAAGAUUGGAUAGAUGGUAAUAAACCAUCAAAAAGUCCAAGAAUUGAGGUAUCCGAACAACCAUUGGAUUUUACAACAACUUCUCAGAAGCUCAAAUCUCGACUUGAGCUCCAAGCACAGACUGAAUUAAUUAUAUGCCAUGAACGGCCCUCUAGUCAUGAUGGAAGUGAAGGACUUGUGACAACAUCACCCAGUAGCCAAGUUGUGAAAGAGGAGGAGAGCAUGUGGAGGCCUUGGUGAAAUAAUUAUUCGCUCGACUUCCCUUAUAAUCGUGAUUAAACAAUUGAUAUGACGCGUCGUGUGUACAUAGUCAUCGAGGAGAACGAGAAAGAUUAUUUCUAUUUGCAAGAUAUAGAUUUAUUUGGAUGUUAUCUAGGUAUAUGUGCAGCCAAUAUCUAAACCUACUUGAGUGAAAGAACUUGUGGACUGAUGGAAGUUUGCUUAGCUGGGAUUUAGAUAAAUGAAAAAAUUGAGUGGGAAUAAGAUCAUCCAGUAAUUAUUCGGCCAAAGUUCAUUCGAAGGACUUUCUACGAUCACCAAUGUUGGAAUAAAUUUUCCUUUCUCUUGAAAUAUACCAAUGAAAUUCAGUAUUCGAUGUACUUAGUUACUCAGUCAAUAUGAAAAUAAAUAUAUAGAAACCGGCAGAUA